CUUGGUGAAUAUGGGUGUGAAAGAAAAACGAUGCUAGUUCUGUAAGAAAACCUGACCAGCCAAGUUUAAUCUUAAAAACCAACAUAUAAUUUAUUAUACGUUUAAAUUUGGAGACCAUUCGCGUUUAUCUAGACACUUAAUGCAUAGUAUUACGCAUAUUAUGACGAUAAAGUCGUGUUAGUUUAAUGAAGAAACAUGAUUGUUUGUAGAAAGAUUAACUGAUUAGCACUGAGAAGCUAGCUAACAGCCGGGAGUGGGAGACCUACAGGCUUGACUGGUAAGACAACGGCUGCAGGAUGACCGAGUAUAAGCUGGUGGUGGUGGGAGCAGGUGGUGUAGGGAAGAGCGCGCUUACCAUCCAGCUCAUCCAGAACCACUUUGUGGACGAAUACGACCCCACUAUAGAGGACUCUUACAGGAAGCAGGUGGUGAUCGACGGGGAGACGUGUUUGCUGGACAUUCUGGACACGGCAGGACAGGAGGAGUACAGCGCUAUGAGAGACCAGUACAUGAGGACUGGAGAGGGCUUCCUCUGCGUGUUUGCCAUCAACAACACCAAGUCUUUCGCAGACGUGCAUUUGUACAGAGAGCAGAUCAAGCGAGUGAAGGACUCUGAUGACGUGCCCAUGGUCCUGGUUGGAAACAAAUGUGAUUUGGCCAGAACCGUCGACACCAAGCAGGCUCAGGAACUAGCCAGGAGCUACGGCAUCGAAUUUGUAGAAACUUCAGCCAAGACCAGACAGGGAGUCGAGGAUGCUUUUUACACCUUGGUCCGGGAGAUCCGUCAUUAUCGCAUGAAGAAACUCAAUAGCAGGGAGGACAGGAAGCAGGGUUGUCUCGGAGUCUCCUGUGAAGUUAUGUGAUCAGAAAACGCCCCACCUCGGCUCAUUUUGCCAGCAGCUGAAAACUUUACGCCCACGUACUUGUGACUGAAAGGCCUUGUGUAGUGGUCCAGAUGUUUGUUUUUUUUUUUUUUUUUUAAAUAGGCUUUUAAUCAUGUGGCCUGAAACACAGGAGUUUUUCUGCAUUAGGGCCCCCUGCUGGCUGAAAGGGAUCACUUCAUACCUGCUCACUGUGUGGACUCUGUUGGCCUGCUUUGAUGGAAAAAGGGGGGCUCGAUGAGAGACAUUUAGCCUCUGCGUUUAUCUGAUAAGUCAUUACGCGAUGAAACCUUGCAUCUUUCCCUGUUAACAAAUUGACUUUAAGUUCAGUACUCAGGAAUACUGUGAAGGCAAAAGUGCCUGUAAUUUUAUCCGAUUUGUUUUGGCCCAUUUGCAUUUACAUUAGAUUCAUCUUCAUCCAUGAACUCCCGCUCCCUCCUGAAUUAUUUCCAAUCUUAGCUUGUAGCAUCUGUGGUGUCAAUAAUAUUUUAUUCACAUGGGCAUUCGACGUGUUUUAGCCGUGAGAUCGAGGCAUGUAGCAGGGAUUGAGUAGGAGAGAGGCAGCAAUUGUUUCCAGGGGGAAAAAGGAAAGGUUGUAUGUUGCUACAGUAAACGUCUAAACUCUGCAUAAAACACUGGAACAAUGGGGGGAAAGUUAAAAUGUUUUUAAUUAAUUUUUUUUAAGCUUGCAUGCCUUAGUCUUUCAUAAGGGUCAGCCAGGUUUCAUGAAAAGAGGACCUACGGCUGAUGGCAGCAUCUGUUUCUUUAAGAAAAAAAAUUAAAAGAUUGUGCAUUUCAGUGCCUUUACUUAUCUGUUCUUCUUUUGCUUGCUAAUUAAGCUGCAGGCCGAAUUAAGGUCCAGGAACGUUCUGGGUUUGGUAUUCGGCAGUGUUUUAGAAAGAAGAGUUAGACAGCUUGGCUGUUAUGUGUCCUAAUGUGCUCACUGUUGCUGUUUCUGUAUGCGUUUUUAAAUUUCAGCCAAAAGUAUGCGCUCACUCGAAGUUUCCCACAAGACAUUUUUUUUAGGAAUGCGAUCCUCAUUUGUUUUUAGAUUGCGGUGCCAGUAAAUGACUUUGUCUUACUACAGAGACUCAACAGCUUCAUCUGAUCAUUGCCUGGUGCUAAAACAAAAACAACAAAAAAUAUUUUGACAUGGCUUUUCUUUUCAUUUAAACAGAUUUCCUUUUUACUGGAAUUUUUUUCCUCUAUCUUUGCUGAUGCUUGAUCUAUUUUUGUGAUUUUUUUUUUUUCCCCCUUUUCCCCUGAUCAUGGCUUUAAUCGAGAAAUCUGUAAACAUACAUUUUAUGUCACAACAACCACCAUUGGAGUUGUUUAAUACAUGUUUCAUGUGCCACCGUGUUUCUUUCCUAGUAAAUUAAUUACAAAUCA